AUGUCAUCGUCGGGGUCGCUCAAGAAUAUCACCGUUCAACCCAAGUUUUAUCACUCACCACCUUUCAGUACUGCUGCCCCUGGCUACAAGCCUGUAGAUGGCGAGACUAUCCCAAGAAGACACCCUUUGACAGCCAACAAGCUUGCGACUAAGCCUUCCGAAGAUGUUGAAACCGUUUUCGAUAUCAUCAAACGAAGUUCCGAAAAGUAUGGCAAUGCGAAAGCUGUCGGAAGUCGUACGUUGAUCAAAACUCAUCAAGAAGUGAAGAAGGUGAAGAAGAUGGUCGAUGGCGAACAACAAGAGAUCGAUAAGAAAUGGACAUACUUCGAACUUAGCGAAUACAAAUAUAUAAGUUUCUCAGAAUACGAGACCUUAAUUUUACAAAUUGGGGCUGGAUACAGAAAGCUUGGGUUGAAGAAGGAGGAUCGAGUGCAUAUUUUCGCUGCGACAAGUGCUCAUUGGUUAGCAUCUGCUCAUGGCGCAGUUUCUCAAUCGAUGCCAAUUGUUACCGCAUAUGAUACGUUGGGAGAGGAAGGUCUCACACAUUCUUUAGUUGCAACCAGGGCCAAAGCUAUCUUCUUGGAUCCUCAUCUACUACCAACCUUGAUCAACCCCCUCAAAGAAGCGAAAGAUAUUCAAUACGUUAUCUGGAACAGUCAGAAUGAGGUUAAACAAGAGAACAUUGAUGCCCUCAAGAAGGUACACGAGAAGCUCAAGAUUUUGAGUUUUGAAGAAUUACGAAAGCUUGGGGAAGAGAACCCUGUCGAACCAGUACCUCCUGCAUCAGAAGAUCUGUGCUGCAUCAUGUAUACCUCGGGCUCUACCGGACCACCAAAGGGUGUGCCGCUUAAGCACAAGGCGGUUAUCGCGGCUGUCGCGGGUGUUAAUGUAAUUGUCGAGCCAUAUCUUGGUCCUGGUGAUGGUCUUUUGACAUACCUUCCUCUUGCACAUAUUCUCGAGUUCGUUUUCGAAAAUGCUUGCCUAUACUGGGGUGGAACUAUGGGUUACGGGAACCCUAAGACGCUAUCAGAUUCAUCAGUCAGAAAUUGCAAAGGAGAUAUUCGAGAGUUCAGGCCGACCGUAUUAGUUGGUGUUCCCGCUGUAUGGGAGUCGGUUAAGAAGGGAAUUGUUGCCAAGGUUAACGGGGGCAACCCACUUGUCAGAAAUCUCUUUUGGGGUGCACUUUGGGCCAAGAAUAAUCUCUUACGCUAUGGUCUUCCAGGUGCUGAUCUUUUGGACACACUGGUUUUCAAGAAGGUCAAAGAAGCUACUGGUGGAAAACUCAGAAUUUGUAUGAAUGGUGGUGGACCAAUCGCCAAAGAUACUCAGCGAUUCAUUUCCAUGGCCAUUACACCGAUGAUCAACGGAUAUGGAUUAACUGAGACCACUGCCAUGGGUGCUUUGAUGGAUCCUAUGGAAUGGACCGAUGAAGCAUUGGGUGAUAUUCCCGGUUCUAUUGAAAUUAAGCUUGUUGAUUUCCCAGAUGCUGGAUAUUAUGCAACCAAUAAGCCAAACGCCCAAGGAGAAAUUUGGAUUCGAGGAGAUUCUGUCAUGGAAGGAUAUUAUGAGAAUCCUCAAGAAACAGCAGAAGCACUGACCCAAGAUGGUUGGUUCAAGACUGGUGAUAUUGGAGAAUUUGACAAGAACGGCCAUCUCAAUAUCAUUGACCGAAAGAAAAAUUUGGUCAAAACUCAAAAUGGAGAAUAUAUCGCACUCGAGAAACUCGAAUCUAUCUACCGCUCAGCUACAGUUGUAGCGAAUAUCUGCGUUUAUGCCGAUUCACAGAGAACCAGGCCAGUUGCUUUGAUUGUUCCAGCUGAACCUGCAUUAAAGAAACUCGCUGAACGCAUUGGUGUUCAAGGAUCUAGUGUUGAGGAAUUGGUACACGAAAAGAAGAUUCAAGAUGCUGUGCUGAAAGAAUUACAACAAGCUGGUAAAUCUGGUGGAUUAUCAGGAAUUGAAAUUAUUGAAGGUGUUGUCUUAUCUGAUGAAGAAUGGACACCUCAAAAUGGAAUGGUAACAUCGGCACAAAAAUUGCAACGUAGAAAGAUUUUGGAGAAGUACCAGAAGGAGGUUGAUGCUGCUUUACAAGGAAUACUCACGGGAUCACCAGUAGAUGUCGCGAUUCGCGUUUUGUUUACACUUGCCAUUAAAAUUUACCUUCAACAGUAUCAUCUCUAUAUAAACGACAUGGCAACUUUUAACAGGCUUUUUGGCUACGUCAAUUACAACGCCGAUGCGCCCCCGACAUCGCCAUCACCUCAACUUUCAGCCCAAGAACCGGCAAAUCGUCAAACACUCGGGAAUAAGAUGAGAGUAACCAAGAAGCAACGUCCCGAAUCCGCCAACAUGAAUAGAACUCACAAUCAGGAGCCUGCUUAUGAACAGCCAGCUGGAUUCCCGCCCAAAAAUACAAUUCAUGGAGGACAUCCAAUGUAUCCAGAAUAUGAACAGGAACAAGAACGAGAAGGAGUAGAACAGCAAAAUCACGAUAGAUUCGAUACUUCUACAGUAGGUGAAGACUUCGAUGAGACGGUGAGCCAAGAAAACUUUUCGAGCGGGCAGAACAUGCCAGCCGUCGGUGUCAACAGGUUUCACAAAGAGCAUAUGGAUGAGGUAGAACCAGAUCAAUAUCAUCAAGCUACGCAAUACCACAACGCCGAAGAUAGGGGUCAACGAGAUGAAAUUAAUCAUGGAAACGAUUAUAUCGAGAAUGUACCAGUACCCCAUUUACGUAAGACCUUUCACCAAUAUAAAAAUCGAGGAGUACACACACAAGCCCUUGGAGAAUCUCUUCACAACCAAAUCCAGACUCCAAAACCUUCAUUCCAAUCACAACCACCAGAACCAUCAGAAACUAGCCCAGUGAAACAAAAGUUUGCUGGUCGCUUCAAUCCGACUAUACACGGCCAGGUAGACACCCUUACAAAUCGUCCAAAGCACGUUAUGCAAGCAGCUGAAACUUCCCGAAAGCGAACUCUGGACGAAGGAGUAUUCUCGCCGUUGCCAAAGGCUGGGAAGCCCUCCCAAGUAGUUGAAGGCCUGGAGAAUGCUAUGCCUCGCGGUCCUGCAGCCUACAGUAUUCCACCACCACGCACUCAAGAUACGCAGCCGCCAGCUCAAAUUGAUGGAGCUUCUGAUGAUGGAGAAGAGUAUUCUGACGAAAGCCAUAUGGGGGAGCAGCCAGCACUUCAAUCCCGACCAGUGGAUAGACUCCCAACAACAAACGUACAACAUCAAAAUGGCGACUACAAUCUUACCAGUAUCGGACUUGAUUAUGAUGAUGCCACUUUGAAAAAUAUGGAUUACGACAAGCUUAGAGACGAGUCUUUUGAAGCUAGACCAGCUGCUCGUGAGCAGCCCAGCGAGCCAGACAUGUCAUUCUCAGAGCGCCCUCUCAACGAACGUGUUAGCCACCAUGUCGAACAAGCUCGAUUGUCAAAUGCACAAGAUAUUAAUAAUCAGCGCGUCGCCAUGGCUGAAUUCUUUGGAAACCUAUCCAAGGAUGAAUGGGAAGAAGCAGGGGAAUGGUUCUUGGAAAGAUUCGCAACUACCUUGCGUUCACUGAAGGAUGCUAGGAAAGAAAAAAGGGAAACGGCUGCAAGAUUCGAAAAGGAAAUCGAGCAGAGAGAAAGGGCAGUGAGAGGCAGUUUACUGGCUUACAAUGAAGAUAUGGAACGUAUGAAGAGGGGUGCUAAGGGUGUCAUUGAGGGGAAGACAUUAUAG